AUGUCUGCUGAGAAACCAAAGGAUGGUGAUGUUUGUAGGAUAUGCAGUCCAGGACAACUUGAAAACCUCAGGUAUAGAUUUCAUAGAGAAACUAGUAAUGAUGGUUCAAUUAAAGAUGUCUAUAAUGGCAAGCUUUACAAGAUGUUUUCAGGACCUGGUGGUUUCUUGGCAAGAGCAACCAAAACCUCACUCAUAGGCAACACUGAUGAUGUUGUACUCAUUCACUCAUCAAGUUAUGGAGUCUGGCCAGUUUUCCUGGUAUCAAUGGGUAAUGAAGAUGUGGUCAGUGUGCGAGGUAUCCUGCUUGAUGUAACACUGGACUCAAAGAAGCAAUUUAAUGUUUACUCUGGGUGUUCCAAGUGUAAAGAGGAAGGGUGUCAGCACGUUGUUGGCAUUGGAGAAAAGGCUAGGAACAGGCAGUGCCACAUAUACCCCUACAACACUUUUUCAGCCAGUGGUCAUGCUGAGAUCAGAAGGCAUGACAAAGUCAAGGAGCAGGCCCUCCAGGUGUUGAGAAGGAAAAAGGAUGGUGCCAAAUUGAAUUACAACAUAGAGGGAGUACUUGGUUUGUGUUGGGGAUUUGGAAUCCCAAUGUUUGAUGUCAUUCAUGGCACUGCCAUUGACUACAUGCAUUGUGUAUGUGAAGGUGUGGUGGAACAAUUAUUAAAUAGCUGGUUUUCCCAAGAGAAGAAAGACAAGCUGUACUUCAUUGGGAACAAAAUAGAGGAAAUUGACUCAGAACUCCUUUCCAUUCAACCUGUAUCUGAGAUAACUAGAACUACAAGAA